CUUUUCCCUUUCUUAUUGUGAUUCAUGUCUUUUUGUUUCCUUGAUUAGAUUUAAUUGAUUGGUUAUUUUUUCAUUGAUUAUUGAUUUUUUUCUUCUAAAUUUAGUUUGUCUUUUAAUUAGUUACCCUAAUUAGUUGCUGUUGAAUCGUAAUCAUGUGUAAUCCUCGGUCAGAAGUUGCUAAUCAGCAACAGGCUGGCAAUGUGGAUAACGGUGGAGAGGCUGGUCAGAGGCAAGGUAACUCUUUUUGGGGAAUUGCUCGUGAUAUUGUUGUCAGAUGUGUCAUUAUGUAUUUUGUCGUAAGCUUUUUCACCAAGAUGCAACAACCUAAAUCACCCUCAUCAUCAUCAUCAUCAUCAUCAUCAUCGGGAGGUCCAGGAAUAAGUCAUGAACCCUCAACAAAUUUAUUCCGUAAUGGAACCUUAAUGGAUCUUUAUGUAUUUAUAAAUGAAAAUCCAUCUAAAGUAAAUUUUGAUAAUCCUGGUGAAUUAAAAUGGAUUCAAAAGGAAUUAAUUUUUGGUGAUUGGAAUAUUGGCCCUAAUCAGCAAGGUUUCAUUGAAUUUGAUACAGAUUUACCACUUUCAACUAGAGUCCAAAACAAUGGUACCAUUUACCUUCAUGUUUAUGUAACCAAAGCUGGACAUCAUCCUAAUCCAAAGGAUCCAAAAUAUUCGGAAUUUUUUACUAUCCAUACAAGUCACCAAUUAAAUAAAUAUAAAAAGCGUCGCUACUCAAGUACGCACAACUUAUUAACUGGUCAAACAUCAGCUUCCAAAGAAUCCAUUGAAAAGGUUGCCCAGAAUAUCAAGGAAGAGAUAAUCUCCCAUUGGCAUCCCAAUUUAACCAUCAGUGUAAUUUACGAUCAAACACCUUGGGUACAAGGUCGAGUUCCGUCACCUUUUGAUCAAUAUAUUAAAUUUGAACCCACGUCAGGUAAAUAUUUUCCAGUUAUUUACCUAAAUGACUAUUGGAAUCUUCAACGAGAGUAUCAACCUAUCAAUACAACCUUGAAGUCAAUUCCUCUUCAUCUCACUUUCCAACCUUUAUCUAUGUUUAAAUGGCAACUUUACAUUACUCAGUCUAUGAAAUCUCAAUGGAACAGCAUUUUGGGUGCUGACAUGAUGGAAGAGUCUGAUAGUAGUCAAGACAGUGUUAAAGAAGCUCUUCUUGAAACAUCGCCCAUUCUUUUAGCUUUAACUAUAAUUGUUUCCAUAACUCACAGUAUUUUUGAAUUUUUAGCUUUCAAAAAUGAUAUUCAAUUUUGGCGUAAUCGUGAAUCUUUGGAAGGUCUUUCAGUCCGAUCGGUAUUUUUCAAUGUUUUCCAAUCUGUUGUUGUAUUUCUCUAUGUUCUGGACAAUGAUACCAAUACAGUUGUCAGAAUUUCCAUUGGAAUUGGUUUACUCAUUGAAAUAUGGAAAUUACCUAAAGUAACUAACAUUCAAAUAGAUUAUCAAAAUAAACUAUUCAACAUCAUUCCAAGAAUCAAGAUCGCCGAUAAAGGAUCUUACGUUGAAUCGUCUACAAGACAAUAUGAUACAUUGGCUUUUAAAUAUCUUUCUUGGGUUGUGUUCCCAUUAUUUGUCGGUUACGCUGUCUACUCAUUAUUAUAUGAAGAGCACAAAGGAUGGUAUUCAUGGGUUCUGGGUAUGGUUUACGGUUUUCUAUUAACAUUUGGUUUCAUUAGUAUGACUCCUCAACUUUUCAUCAAUUAUAAAUUGAAAUCUGUUGCUCAUCUUCCAUGGAGAAUGUUAACUUAUAAGUUUCUCAAUACCUUCAUCGAUGAUAUAUUUGCCUUCGUCAUUAAGAUGCCCACCAUGUAUCGAAUUGGUUGUUUCCGAGAUGAUAUCAUUUUCUUAAUCUAUUUAUAUCAACGGUGGAUCUAUAGAGUUGAUCUUAAACGGGUUAACGAAUUUGGAGUUUCCGGUGAAGUGAUGGAUAAAAAAUCUAACGAAUUAAAAGAUAAACCAAUGGCUGCAAUAAAAGACAAAGAUGAAGAUGAAAAGGAAAAGGAAAAUGUCAACAAACCAGAAGAAAGCAAAAAAGACCAAUGAUAAAAUCUCUAACAUCAAAACUAAUAUUAACCAUGUUUCCAAUUAUCAUUGAUUAGAUGAUGAUAGUCAUAAGAAAAUCAAAUCAAUUUGCUUUUUGAAAUAUCUACACACCGGAGGAUAACAAUUAACUAUCCUCGAUUAUCCUGUGAAAAUCUUGAAUUUAAAUAAAGACAAGAAAAUCAACUGAA